GCCGUAUAUGUGUUUAUUUUUAAUUGAAUCGACAAAUUAAAAACACAAAAAUGGCGGCUUCGGUACCGCUUCCACCAAAUCUUAAACAGCUUAACUCAUAUUUAAAACUCGCAAAAGAAUAUGAUAAAAGAGAUCCAACAGUAGCUUAUUUUUGCCGGAUGUUUGCUGUUCAAAAAGGCAUCAAGCUAGACAGCAAAAGUCCUGAUUGCAAAAAAUUCCUCUUUUCUUUAAUGGAUCAGCUUGAAAAUACAAAAAAGGCACUUUUGGAGAGUGGUGAAGAGGCGGUUUCAAAUGAAAUUGUUGGGCAAGCUCAUAUAGAAAGUGUUACAUUGAGUCUCUUUUCGUGGGCUGAUAGUGAAGAUAGGAAUGGAGUUUUUAACCGUAACAUCACAAAAGCAUUUUAUUCUGCUAGCUUGUUGUUUGAUGUUUUGGGCCAGUUUGAUGGAUUUACAGAAGAGUGUCAAAUUAAACAGAAAUAUGCCAAAUGGAAAGCAACAUACCUUCAUAAAUGCUUGCAAAAUGGAGUGGUUCCUGAACCUGGUCCAGAAGGAUCUGGAUUUGAGAAUGAGCUUAAUGUUUUGCCAGAUGUAUCAAAAGAGUCCAAUUUUAAUUCUCCAAUUCCUCCAUCAAAUAAUGCGGACUCCAUAAACUUUGCUACGGGUUAUUCAUCUGCACCAACUAGUUAUGGUUUUGCACCUCCAGAAGUGUUUGAAAAACCAGUGCCUGUUCCAAGAAAGGUUCUAAAUGCAACAGACACCUCGCCCCAAAAUCCAUCUGUUAGUGACUCUAGCAGUUCUGACAUAGACUUUAUACAAGCUACAAAAUUUUGCAAAUUUGCCAUGAGUGCUUUACAGUACGAGGAUGUAGGAACAGCUGUUGAAAACCUUACAAAAGCAUUGAAUUUGCUUCAGAAACGUUAGCGCGAUAAGAAUUCGUGUUGUUUACGCGAGCAGAAAGAUAUUGUGUUUGAGUAUUACUUUUUUUUUUAUAUUGUCUUUUGUUAAAUUCGAUUUUCAUGUAAGUUUAUGAUAAGGCGAUUUUUUUUGUAAAAAUAUUUGUAUUGUGUUUGAA